AUGAGGCUCCAGUUAGACCAAUUCGGUCAGAUUAAGAACUACAUCCAUCUGGGCCAGGCGGCUCUUCUCUUCCUUGCCUGGGUCCUGACAAUUGCCUUACUGACAAGGCCUGGCACGACAGAUGGGCGAGUCGGCUGGUACUUUGGCUUGUGUUGGCUCACAAUCCCCAUCCUGAUCUACCUCGUAAUGGUCCCCAUGUGGUCCCGUGCCCGCCGCUUCUCCAACGUCUAUGCCUUCGCCGCGCUAGAUUUCCUAGCCGUGAUCCUCUGGCUGAGCGCUUGGGCUGCCGUUGCUAGCUACGUCUCUGCGGGAAAGGGUAAAGGAAAAAGUACAGACAAGAAUGCCACAGGUUGCGAUAACUUCAAGUUCGGCAGUCCUGGGCGCUGCAAGCUGUCGGAAACAAUCAUUGUGUUUGGCGUCUUUGAAAUGCUGCUAUUCAUCGCGACGGCAUUCAUUUCGUUUCGAGCGGUCAUGACGUUCAAGAGGACGGGUAUGAUGCCUCAGAAUCUCCCCGGUUCUGGAGGCAAGAACGACUUCUCGGCGCAGACGCAGGAUGAUUUCUCGAGUAAUAUGCGGAACGACGAUGACGACCUGGAUGAGCACCCGGGUGUGGGUGGAAGGCAGGAAUAUGCUUACCAGAAACCUUCACUCGACGAUUCAUAUGCCCCGAUUCGCCAAAGCGAUCACGACAAUGACCUUGCACAGAUGCCCGCCGCGCAGCCGACGAGCCCGCUGAACCAUGCUGGGUUGGGUAUUCAUGACUACAACACGAGUUACAACCCGGGGGCGUACAGUAGUCAGAGCCAACCGAUGAUGGCAGGGCGAUAA